AUGACAGCACCUUCAAUUAUCCAAUGGCCAGAGAAUACCACUCGAUCAUUAAUUUGUAACGUCGACAUCAUCACCGAUUGUGAAAGUUCCAGGAGUCAUUCUGCUUUAUGGACGAGUAUUUCAGACGGUAAUUUUAGUCUUAACAGUGGUUCGAAAACCAUAAAACAAAAGAGCAAGGUUACGAGAAUUCCAGACGCUUAUUACGAUGAAGGAUAUAUGGACCGACUCGGACGAGAUUUGCAUGUAGAUCGACGUCGAACGAAUACCGCCAAAAGAAGACCUCCUCGAUCAU